CCUUUUGAAAAAUCACAAUCGUAACUUUCACGAUCAAUGAUCUGUAAUCCACUUUCGUAACUUCGCGUUAAUCCACUUUCGUUUAAUGCGUUUUUGAAGACAGAAUAGCUGCGGCCUUUAAAAAAACCUACCCAUAUUCCUUGCGGAAUCACCUAAAUUAUACUGGAAACGUACAUGAACUCUCAGUUUCUCAUAAUCCUAAAUCACUAAAAGCUUUUUUAUUAGAUUUUCGUGUUUCUGCACAGGCGGGUGAAGAUUACCUGAAAUAAGGAGAAUAACAGUAAACCAGAAAGCAAAGCAGCCAUGGCAACCACUAGAGUGCAGAGGAUUAUGACCCAACCGAUUAACUUGAUAUUUCGAUUCCUUCAAAGCAAAGCGCGCAUUCAAAUUUGGCUAUUCGAGCAGAAGGAUAUGAGAAUCGAGGGCCGCAUCAUCGGAUUUGAUGAAUAUAUGAACCUUGUACUGGAUGAUGCUGAAGAGGUUUCUAUUAAGAAAAAUACACGUAAAGUAUUAGGACGUAUUCUUUUGAAAGGAGACAAUAUCACACUAAUGAUGAACACGGGGAAAUAAAUAUUAGCCAAGUCUGUAUUGUAUCGAGAGAUCUAACUUGUCAUAUUGGUAAUCUACCAUGGAUUUUGCAGUUUUCUAUUCACAAUAUAUAUUAUAGAUUUGUUCAAUCAUUCCAAACAUGCAUUGGGGGUCAGUUGCGAGAAUGUUUUUCUGUACCAAACACUGCUAUUAUCAUGUGUGAAAUGUAUCUGAUUGAGGGGGUAUCAUCAGCAUUUUGUGAAAUCUGAAUUAACGCCUUAAUUUUUCGUA